AUCAACGAAAUCCAAACAGUGCUUUCUAGUCGCACCGAUGCUGGUGUGCAUGCAUUGCACUCGACUCUUCAUGUUGACCUGCAACGCCGGAACUCUGAGCCAUUCGAUCCAACUACAAUAACAUGUGUUUUAAAUAGUCUGUUGCAUAAAAAUGGACUCCCUAUACGUGUGCUUAGCACCCAGCAAGUACCGGAGAAUUUUCACUGCCGCUAUAAUGCUCUAGGGCGAACAUAUUUGUAUCGUUUUGCGGUGGCUAAGGGCAGCAACCGUUGUGCUAAUCCAUUAAAGAAUCACAACUUUUACGCAUUUCUGCCUGUUGAAGAAAUAGAUCGAUGCUUCUUCCUUCAAAAUAGCAACUUCGAUAUCGAACGUUUGCGCUCUGGAACUCGUAUGUUUCUUGGACUGCAUAAUUUUCGCACCUUUAUGAACGUCAGUCGACAACAUAGUCCUACACGUGACCAUCCUAGGUACACACUGCGCGUAAUCGAUGAAAUAAACGUUAAGCCUGGAAAGUCCGUGGCGAUUGGAGCCAAUGCCGAAAUAUCUGAGAGUUUGUACCACUACUGGGAUAUUGAGUUUAAAGCAAAGUCGUUUCUUUAUAAGCAAGUGCGUCGCAUGGUUGGUGCCUUACUUGCGUUGGCUACCGGACGAAUCGAUGAACGUUCUAUUUAUGAAAUGCUAACGAUCCCAUCGAAAAACUCCUGGGAUAANGCGAGUGCUGUUAUUGGCUACUUAAUGCUGGAACGUGGCAUGCCGUUUGAUGAUGCAUACUCCUUAGUAAAGUUAAAACGAGAAUGUAUUCAGCCAAACGUAGGAUUUAUUAAGCAGCUAAAGAACUUAAAGAUAGCCGACUAAGAUAGCAUACCACAAUGUAAGUAACAUAAAGGUAUUUUUAGUAGCGUAGUGGAAUGUAGUUAUUUGUAAAACUUUUUUUUAUGUACAUAUGUAUGUAUAACCAGUGCUCUUUAUAGUUUUGUAUAUUCUUAGAACGCAUAAAAUGCUUAGAAAAGCAAUUAUGCAAUUACAUAAAUCCGUUUUAAAAGAAUCGUUUUGAAAGGAUAUCGAUAUCAAUAAUUUUUGGUUUUGAUUAGUUAAAGCCAAAAUAUGGUAACCGCUUUGACGGGAGUUUCUAUAAAUAAACACAUCAGCUUGCUUUAUUUUCUAUAUUAAAUUUUAUUGAAUUUCAUAAUUUCCUCGUUCGUAUAAGAGGUACAAUAGGAUACCAUGCCCACUUGUAUCGUUUUAAUUUCUCUGCUAGCAUAGGAAUACAUACAAUUUACGAUAUAUGUAAGUAUAGUAAUGCAAUAAUUUACAUAAAAAUAAAAGCGUUGUAAUAAAUGCUUGUUUUUUGUUAAUCUUUAAGAUUUUUGACUAUGUCGAAAUGUAUGACUGCCACUGUUUAUAGCGAUUCUGCAGUGAAAUAAAAAAAAAAAAGUCUCAUAGCAUACUUCUGUAUGCAAUUGCUUCCACGGACUUUUUCUACAAAUAACUUAAACAUUAAACGAUAAUUUAAAAUAAAGAUAAGAAAUUUAAUAUACUAUAGUGGGGUUUAAAGUGAAUACAACUCGUAUUAGGGCGAUAUGCUGCAUUGAUAACGAAAUAUUUACAA